CCUCGCUGCCCGCCGUAGCCCGGCGCUCGGCCGGCCGCCGUUCCCAAGAUGGCCGCGGCGCGCACGGCUCCCGCGGCGGGCUAGAGGCGGAGGCGGAGCCGAGUCACUCCCGCACCCCGGCGGCUCGGGCUCUCCCGCACACGGGGCUGCAGCUGACGGCCCGCCGCGGCCAUGCGGGGCUCGGUGCACGGAUGAGAGACGCCGCCCCGGGGCCCCCGCCCGCCCUCGCCGUCACCCCUGCAGCCGCCAUGGAGGAGCCGCGGCCGCCGCCGCCCGAGCCCGAGCCCGAGCCCGAGCCCGAGCGCUGCCCGGCGGCGAGGCCGGAGUGCAUGUUGGGAGAGUCAGCUCGCAAGAGUCUGGAAUCUGACCCAGAGGACUUUUCUGAUGAAGCGAAUACAGAAAACCUAUACAGCACCUCUCCCCCGAGCACACCACGGCAGACGAAACGCCUGUCAACCAAGCACCAGAGGAACAGCGUGGGGAGGCCGGCCAGCCGGUCAAAUUGGAAAGAAAAAAUGAGCACACCCAGUCCGUCCCCACACAGAGAUGCCGGGAAGGGAGUGGGGCCUGUGGAAGAGCACAGCUACAAGCAGGAGAGGAAGGUCCGAGCCACCCUGAGAACCUCAGAGCGAGACCACAAGAAGAGCGCUCAGUGCUCCUUCAUGCUGGACUCGGUGGCCGGGUCUUUGCCCAAAAAAUCGAUUCCAGACGUGGAUCUCAAUAAGCCUUACCUCAGCCUCGGCUGCAGCAACGCCAAGCUGCCGGUCUCCAUGCCGAUGCCUAUAGCCAGAACUGCGCGGCAGACUUCGCGGAGUGACUGCCCAGCGGAUCGCCUGAAGUUCUUUGAAACACUGCGCCUUUUGCUAAAGCUUACCUCAGUCUCGAAGAAGAAGGACAGGGAGCAGAGGGGACAAGAAAACACGGCUGCUUUCUGGUUCAACCGGUCAAACGAACUGAUCUGGUUGGAACUCCAGGCCUGGCACGCAGGUCGCACCAUCAAUGACCAGGACCUCUUUUUAUACACGGCUCGCCAAGCCAUCCCGGACAUCAUCAACGAAAUCCUCACGUUCAAAGUCAAUUACGGGAGCAUUGCCUUCGCCGGGAACGGGGCUGGUUUCGGCGGCGCUUCCCCGGAGGGGCAGUGCAGAACCCAUCACGGGGCGAGCGGUACGGGCUGUUGGACGUACCACGAGCACCUCCAGCGCCAGAGGGUCUCUUUUGAGCAGGUGAAGCGGAUAAUGGAGCUGCUGGAGUACAUCGAAGCACUUUAUCCGUCCUUGCAGGCGCUGCAGAAGGACUACGAGAGAUACGCCGCCAAGGACUUCGAGGACAGGGUGCAGGCGCUCUGUCUGUGGCUGAACAUCACGAAGGAUUUAAAUCAGAAGCUGAGGAUUAUGGGCACUGUUCUGGGAAUCAAGAACCUAUCAGACAUUGGCUGGCCAGUGUUUGAGAUCCCUUCCCCUCGGCCAUCCAAAGGCCACGAGCCGGAAGACGAGGGCGAGGACUCGGAGGGAGAGCCGAGGGAGCUGGAGAGCGGCACGGAGGGGAGCGACGGGGAGCGGACCCCCAGCCCCAGGGCGCCAGAGCUGGGGCGGUCCGCAUCCGCAGACGGUGUCUUGGACCUCCGCUCCCAGGACUGCGCUCCCAGGAGACUGGAGAGGCUCGAGUCCGAGGAGGACCCUGCAGGCUGGGGGGCAGCAGACUGUGGCCCCGAGGCCGGCUUCAGCAGGCAUUGUCUGACUUCUAUUUAUAGACCGUUCGUGGACAAAGCGCUGAAGCAAAUGGGGCUAAGAAAGCUGAUCGUGCGGCUCCACAAGCUGAUGCACGGCUCCCUGCAGAGGGCCCGCGCAGCUCUGGCGAAGAGUGGCCAUCCGGUGGAGUUCUCUGACUUUCCAGGUCCCAUGUGGGGCUCGGAUUACGUGCAGUUGUCGGGGACACCUCCUUCCUCAGAGCAGAAGUGCAGCCCCGUGUCCUGGGAAGAGCUGAAGGCCAUGGACCUGCCCUCCUUCGAACCGGCCUUCCUAGUGCUCUGCCGAGUCCUGCUGAACGUUAUACACGAAUGUCUGAAGCUGCGGCUGGAGCAGAGGCCUGCUGGGGAGCCUUCCCUCUUGAGCAUCAAACAGCUAGUGCGCGAGUGCAAAGAGGUCCUGAAGGGGGGGUUGCUGAUGAAGCAGUACUACCAGUUCAUGCUGCAGGAGGCUCUGCACGGCCUGGAGGAGACCGACUGCAACAUGGAUGCCUUUGAGGAGGACCUGCAGAAGAUGCUGAUGGUGUAUUUUGAUUACAUGAGAAGCUGGAUCCAAAUGCUGCAGCAGUUACCUCAGGCUUCCCACAGCUUGAAAAACCUGUUAGAAGAGGAAUGGAACUUCACCAAAGAAAUAACUCACUACAUCCGAGGGGGAGAAGCGCAGGCCGGGAAGCUUUUCUGUGACAUUGCAGGUAUGCUGCUGAAAUCCACGGGGAGCUUUCUGGAAUCUGGCCUGCAGGAGAGCUGUGCGGAGCUGUGCACCGGUCCCGAUGACAACGGCGCUGCCGACGAGCUAAGGAGGUCUGUCAUAGAGAUGAGCCGAGCCCUCAAGGAGCUCUUCCACGAGGCGCGGGAGAGGGCCUCCAAGGCCCUGGGCUUUGCCAAAAUGCUGAGGAAGGACCUGGAAAUAGCCGCAGAAUUUGUACUGUCUGCCUCAGUCCAAGAGCUCCUGGACGUCCUGAGAGCAAAGCAGUAUGUUAAGGUACAGAUUCCCGGGCUAGAGAAUUUGCACGUGUUUGUCCCCGACAGCCUUGCGGAGGAGAAGAGAAUUAUUCUGCAGUUACUCAAUGCUGCCACGGGAAAGGACUGCUCAAAAGAUCCAGACGAAGUCUUCAUUGAUGCCUUUCUGCUUCUGACCAAGCACGGGGACCGAGCCUGUGACUCGGAAGAUGGAUGGGCCACCUGGGACUCACGGGCUGUCAGAAUUGUGCCCCAGGUGGAAACUGUUGAUACCCUGAGAAGCAUGCAGGUGGACAAUCUUCUCCUGGUUGUCAUGGAGUCUGCUCAUCUCGUAAUUCAGAGAAAAGCCUUCCAGCAGUCCAUUGAGGGACUGAUGACUCUCCGCCAUGAGCAGACUUCCAGUCAGCCCGUCAUCGCCAAAGCUUUGCAGCAGCUCAAGAAUGACGCCCUUGAGCUGUGCAACAGAGUGAGUGAUGCCAUUGACCGGGUGGACCGCAUGUUUACACUGCAGUUUGAUGCUGAGGUGGAUGAGCCCGAGUCCGCCACGCUGCAGCAGUACUACCGAGAAGCAAUGAUUCAGGGGUACAACUUUGGGUUCGAGUAUCAUAAAGAAGUUGUUCGUUUGAUGUCUGGAGAGUUCAGACAGAAAAUAGGAGAUAAAUACAUAAGCUUUGCCCAAAAAUGGAUGAAUUACGUCCUCACCAAAUGUGAGAGUGGCCGGGGCACAAGACCCAGGUGGGCCACUCAAGGAUUUGAUUUCCUACAAGCCAUUGAGCCUGCGUUUAUUUCAGCGUUACCCGAAGAUGACUUCCUGAGUUUGCAAGCCUUGAUGAAUGAGUGCAUUGGCCACGUCAUAGGAAAGCCACACAGCCCUGUCACAGCUAUCCAUCGGAACAGCCCCCGCCCCGUGAAGGUGCCGCGAUGCCACAGCGACCCUCCCAACCCACACCUCAUCAUCCCAACCCCAGAGGGAUUCAGCACUCGGAGCGUGCCUUCCGACGCUCGGAACCACGGCACCUCUGUUGCUGCCGCUGCUGUUGCCGCCGCCGCCGCCGCCACCACCACUGCCACUGGCCGCCCUGGCCCGGGUGGUGGUGACCCUGCGCCGGCCAAACCCGUCAACACUGCCCCUGAAACCAGGGGUUCCAGCGUCCCAGAAAACGAUCGCUUGGCAUCCAUAGCCGCAGAGCUGCAGUUCAGGUCUCUGAGUCGGCACUCGAGUCCGACGGAGGAGCGAGAGGAGCCAGCGUAUCCCCGAAGUGACUCAAGUGGAUCCACACGGAGAAGCUGGGAACUUCGCACACUCAUUAGCCAGACCAAAGACUCUGCCUCUAAGCAGGGGCCCAUAGAAGCUAUCCAGAAGUCAGUCCGGCUCUUUGAAGAGAGGAGGUAUCGAGAAAUGAGGAGAAAGAAUAUCAUCGGUCAAGUUUGCGAUACCCCUAAAUCCUAUGACAAUGUCAUGCACGUUGGGCUGAGGAAGGUGACCUUUAAGUGGCAGAGAGGAAAUAAAAUAGGAGAAGGGCAGUACGGGAAAGUAUACACCUGCAUCAGCGUCGACACCGGGGAGCUGAUGGCCAUGAAGGAGAUUCGGUUUCAGCCUAAUGACCAUAAAACUAUCAAGGAAACUGCAGACGAACUGAAGAUAUUUGAAGGCAUCAAGCACCCCAACCUAGUUCGGUACUUUGGCGUGGAGCUUCACAGGGAAGAGAUGUACAUCUUCAUGGAGUAUUGUGACGAGGGCACGCUGGAGGAGGUGUCAAGGCUAGGGCUUCAGGAGCAUGUCAUCAGGCUGUAUUCCAAGCAGAUCACUGUUGCCAUCAACGUCCUCCACGAGCAUGGCAUCGUCCACCGAGAUAUCAAAGGUGCCAAUAUCUUCCUCACGUCAUCUGGACUAAUCAAACUGGGAGAUUUUGGAUGCUCAGUGAAGCUUAAGAACAACACCCAGACCAUGCCCGGAGAGGUGAACAGUACCUUAGGGACAGCAGCUUACAUGGCGCCUGAAGUUAUUACCCGAGCUAAAGGAGAAGGCCAUGGCCGCGCAGCAGAUGUCUGGAGUCUGGGGUGUGUCGUCAUAGAGAUGGUGACCGGCAAGCGGCCUUGGCAUGAGUACGAACACAACUUCCAGAUUAUGUACAAAGUGGGAAUGGGCCACAAGCCACCAAUCCCUGAAAGGUUAAGUCCCGAAGGAAAGGAUUUCCUCUCGCACUGCCUGGAAAGUGACCCAAAGAUGAGAUGGACAGCCAGCCAGCUCCUCGACCACGCCUUUGUCAAGGUUUGCACAGAUGAAGAGUGAAGCGAACAGUCCGUGACCUAGUAGUGUGUGGACAGAAUCCCCGAUCGCUACUGUAUGUAAUAUUUACAUGAAGUCUGCCCGGUGCAGUGCAGCCUCUUCACCCUCCGAGACUGAACCCUGCACAGGUGACAAGCCUGACUUCUGCUGCUCUGGUGUCUGCUGUAGCACAGGACCCUCCUGAGUGACAGUUGACGAGGUUAAAGACGCUGCAUGUUAAGUGCCAUUACUACUGUACAUGGACCAUCGCCUCUGUCUCCUCCGUUCCUCGCGUGACUGAGAACCGUGGCAUCAGUGUAGUGUUUUUGAGCUUCUGGGGUUCAAAAGAAAAUGUAGUGUUGUCAGGUGUCCCGGACCUUGUUUGGCUCUCCUGUUUGUUGAGUGCUCUGACUGUGAAACCUCCUUGUUGGCAAGCUGCAAGUUUGUUAUGCCAAGGCUCGUAAGUGAAACUGAAGAAAAGGUUCUUUUCCAAUAAAUGGUUUAUUUUAGGAAAGCUAA